AUGACCGACUUGUCCGUUCAGCUCACAGCCCCCAACGGCCACACUUGGACCCAGCCUACCGGCUUGUUCAUCAACAACCAAUGGGUCAAAGGUGCGACUGGCGAGAAGAUUGCUAGCAUCAAUCCCACAACCGCAACAGAAAUCACAUCUAUUCACGCAGGCUCUGCUCAAGACAUUGACAAUGCCGUUAAGGCAGCUCGCGCCGCUCUCAACAAUCCCUGCUGGAGGGACCUUCCGGGUCUCGACCGGGGUAAGUUGAUGAACCGGCUGGCUCAGCUGAUCGAGGAUAACCGCACUACCCUGGCCACUAUCGAGACCCUCGACAACGGAAAACCGUAUUCCGUUUCGUUCAAUGACGAUCUUACCGAGACUGCCGAGACAAUCCGCUACUACGCCGGGUAUGCCGACAAGGUCUUUGGACAAGUCAUUGAUACAACUCCAGACAAGUUUGCCUAUACUGUACGGGAACCCGUCGGUGUUUGUGGACAGAUUAUCCCAUGGAACUUCCCCCUCGCGAUGGCUGCUUGGAAGCUUGGCCCUGCCCUUGCGUGUGGCAACACGAUUGUUCUCAAGCCAGCGGAGCAAACACCUCUCUCCAUCCUCUUCCUUGCCAAUCUUAUCAUCGAAGCCGGCUUCCCUCCCGGCGUGGUCAACAUUGUCAACGGGCACGGUGCAGUUGCUGGAGCCGCCCUUGCCUCGCACAUGGACGUGGAUAAGAUUGCCUUCACUGGGAGCACUGCAACAGCCAAACAAAUCAUGAAAAUGGCGAGCGUGAACCUGAAGAACAUCACGCUCGAAACGGGAGGCAAGAGUCCACUCAUCGUUUUCAACGAUGCAGAUCUUGACCAGGCGGUUGAGUGGGCCCAUAUUGGUAUUAUGCACAAUCAGGGCCAGAUCUGCACGGCCACAUCCCGUAUUCUUGUACAGGAUGAGAUCUACGACCGCUUUUUGGAGGCUUUCAAGGCUCAAGUAAAGAAUGUCUCCAAGAUCGGCGAUCCAUUCGAUGAGUCGACUUUCCAAGGACCCCAGGUCACGCAGGCUCAGUACGACCGUAUUAUGUCUUAUGUUGAUAUUGGAAAGUCUGAGAAAGCCACUCUCAUCACUGGUGGCAAGCCGUUCACUAGUGUUGGUGAUGGUAAAGGUUUCUUCAUUGAGCCUACCAUCUUCACUGAUGUUUCUCCCAAGAUGCGGAUCUACCAGGAAGAGGUCUUUGGUCCUUUUGUGGUGAUCGCACGCUUCGGCGAGGAGAAGGAUGCUAUCGAGAUGGCUAAUGAUACCACAUAUGGCCUCGGAAGUGCCGUAUUUACUACCAAUUUGACUAGAGCUCAUCGGGUGGCCAAGCAGAUCCAGGCUGGUAUGGUCUGGAUCAACUCUAGCCAGGAUAGUGAUUGGCGCAUUCCAUUCGGUGGCGUGAAGCAAUCCGGUAUCGGUCGCGAACUGGGAGAGGCAGGUCUUGCUGCCUACUCGAAUAUCAAGGCGAUUCAUGUGAACAUGAGAUCUAAGCUUUGA